GCCGUUUGAAUAUCUGUGGUCACGGCUUAGAAUACGAUACAGAGACACCAGGUUUGUCUCGUUUACCUUCUCACUGAGAGUCAGAAUAUGGAAUGUUUCGCACCACAGUCUUCAUGUUCUUCAAUAUGCAGUACAUGUCACAUCAACUCCUGCUUUGGCUUCACAGUAUCGCAGGCCAUGCAGAAAAUCAUGCGGACUGUACUGCAUCAACACCGUAGUAGCUUCUAUGAGGCGCCUUGCUAUAUCCUCACAUCGAUCAUCUCUUCCAAGGCGGCAGUAUCACAGCUCCUGCAUCCAAUAACAAUAUCUAAUCUACUACAUUGCGAUCAGGACAUUUCAACUCCUAUCUUCACAUCUACACGCAUAUCACAAUAUCGACAGGUAAUCCCCAUCCAGCGACCUACCACCAACAUGCCUAGACGCAACCCCGAUCGCCGUAGAAAACAAUCGCGAAAGACACAUUCUCAGAAACCAAGUUUCGAUCGAGCAGGUCAUUAUCAGCAAUAUAAUAAUACUAUGUAUGCAGACGGAGAUGUACUUGCCGCAGCACGUUUCAGCGAAGAUAGCAUACGAAGACAACUCGGGUACACGAUUCCACCACCACAGCAGAUAAGUGGCGAUAUAACACCAAGGUGGCGGACAGGAUAUUGGUAUACAUAUACGCAUCCUGUUCACGCGAAGAUGUAGUUGUCUGGGUUGGUGGUGAUCAAGGGUUCACACAUGGAUAUGGGUAUGAGUAUGCUGGAGAAGAAGAGCAUUGCCACAACGAAG